AUGAAUAAUUUGCCUCUUACAUAUGACAAACAUCCCAAAUAUUUGGGCUUCGUUCUCGAUCCAGAGAUCACUAAUAACAAACAUGUGGAUGCGCUGGUUUUUAAAGGCAGAAAACGCCUAAACAUUCUGAUGUAUAUCUCGGGACGUGAUUGGGGAGCAGAUGCUUGCACUUUGAGAACUACUUACUCAGCUAUCAUACGACCUAUUUUGGAAUACGGUUUCCCCGUUUACUGUUGUGCCUCUUCUACCAACUUCCAGAAACUGGAAAGAGUCCAACUCAGUGCUUCUCGCAUUGUAACUGGCUUGCGCAACAGUUGCCCGAAUAAAAUUGCGUUGUAUGAAACAGACCUUCAACCCCUCAGUCUAAGAAGAAAUGCGGGCCUCGUAAAAUAUUACAAUAAACUUCUCAGUUGCGGCUCCCAGAAUAGAACUUCAGAAUUUCUGCGGCAUUGGAGUAAUAACCAAAGACUUAAGAAAUAUAGUCCGCUUUGUCAAAUUGAGUAUGCUGGUAUAAUUGGCCAUAAUGUUGAGCAGCAUUCCUUGAAACAAUGUUUAGAUCCGUCUGAGGGACUCCCUGGAGUCGGGUUCCAUGCGGAACUUUCGUCUCGAGUUUCCAAGAAAAAUGAUAUUCCGGCCCUGUUAGGACAAUCUGUCUUGGAAACUAUACAUGCAAUUCCCGCUGAAGCUACCCUCAUCUAUACUGAUGGGAGUAAAAGCGAGGACUCUCGCUCCGGUAGUGGUGUUGUCAUUAAAUGCACAAAUGGAAAUAUUGUUAAAAUAGAGAAAAGAAAUUCUGACUUCAGUUCAGUUUUUUAG